GCGAGCCCCAACAUUUGAAGAAUAGAGAACCAGAAAAAAACAUAGGCAGCAAAAGGAGUAAGUCCUACAAAGAUAAAAUAUUGAAAGUGAGAGUGAGCUGUGCAGAUAGUCAAUUAAGACACAAACAAUUGGGGAAGCUAGAAAAUAAGGACCGACCCAAGUAGAGAACAAAAAAAAACUGAGAAAAGAGGGAUGAAACCAUUCCCUGAAGGAGAGCAAAAUAUUGAGACUCCCCCCAUCCCCCGAAAGGCAAAGCAUCUGAAAGCAAGGUUUGUGGACAGGGACGGAGAGGGAAGGGGGCAGGCUUCCUGAUGUACCGCCCAGCCUCUUGGAAGCGAGUCAAAAUCACAGCCAAGUACAGAAUUCCAGCAGAAAGAGGAAGAGAAAAGGAUCGCGAAGGGGGAAAAAAAGACUUGGCAAGGGCAAACUGCCUGACUUUGACUUUGCCGCUGCUUUUUUUUAAAGUCGAGGUAUCGCUUCCGGUUUGCAAAGGCCACUUCAAGAGAAAAAAGGGGAAAAGCCUUUUAGCAGUUUUUUGCAGAAGCUCAGUUUGAACUUGAGGAGAAAUGUGAAGCUUUAAACCGUUGUAGGCAAACUCCAAAUUCAAUAUAUUUUAUUACAACAUUGUGCAAUGGAUGAAUUCCAUCCAUUUAUUGAAGCACUUCUUCCACAUGUCCGUGCAAUCGCAUACACCUGGUUUAAUUUACAAGCCAGAAAACGCAAAUACUUCAAGAAGCAUGAAAAACGAAUGUCCAAGGAUGAGGAAAGAGCAGUCAAAGAUGAGCUGUUGAGUGAGAAGCCAGAAAUCAAGCAGAAGUGGGCAUCAAGGUUACUUGCAAAACUCCGCAAAGAUAUCCGGCAGGAGUACCGGGAGGAUUUUGUGCUCACCGUUACAGGCAAGAAGCAUUCUUGCUGUGUCCUGUCCAACCCUGAUCAGAAAGGCAAGAUGCGAAGAAUCGAUUGUCUGCGGCAAGCUGACAAGGUGUGGCGGUUGGAUCUAGUAAUGGUGAUCCUGUUUAAAGGCAUCCCAUUGGAAAGUACUGACGGGGAACGGCUUGUCAAAUCCUCACAGUGCGCCAAUCCACUACUCUGUGUGCAGCCACAUCACAUAACUGUAUCGGUGAAAGAGCUUGAUCUGUUUUUGGCUUAUUAUGCUCAGGAACAAGAUUCAGGUCAUGCAGACAGUCCCAGUCACAGCGAGUCUACAAAAAAUACUCCAGCAUACCUAGAGGACAGCUUUGUAAAAUCAGGAGUCUUCAGCAUUGGAGAACUUGUGCGAGUGUCACGAAUGGCUAUAACCCAAGGAAGUGGAAUUAGUUACAACCUUGCAGAGAUUCAAAGCCAACCAUUCUACCAUGACAUAAACUCUGGGCUCCAGAGGUCAUUGUCCUCUCCACCGGGCAGCAAACGACCUAAGACGAUCCCUAUUGAUGACAGCAUAGACACCAGUCCAACAGAAUUCUAUCCUUCUCCCAGCUCACCAACCAGUGUCAGCCGGACAUGGCAUGAAAGAGAUCAAGAAAUGGCAUCUCCUACAAUGAAGAAGCACGAGAAGCCAAUGUAUAGUGGCCCCACAUCUCCACAAGGUUCUUCACCGCGACUGAGCACUUUUCCAUCGCAUCAUCAUCCUGGCAUCCCAGGACACAGUGUCAUCUCAACGAGAAGCCCACCUCCUCCUUCACCGCUACAUUUUUCAGCAUCCUCCAUUCUCCCUCCUGCUCCCAGUAGUUAUUUCUCACAUCCAACAAUCAGAUAUCCACCACAUCUUACCCCUCAGGAGUCGGCAAAGAACUUUGUACAACUUGGCUGUGGCCCGUCCAAUCCACAAACAAGCCAGCCUAAUAGUAGUGGUCAAGUAGUGGGCAAAGUGCCUGGUCAUUUUACUUCAGUACUGGCUCCCUCACCUCAUCAUGGCAUGUCCAGACCGGUGACCCUGGCCAUGUCUUCAGACACUAAACCCAUCACUACAUCAACCGAAGGUGAGGCAACAUCAUCUCCAUCAUCCACCUACACAGGUUCAGGUACGCCCCCAGCCAACCGACAGUUUGUUGGACUCAGCUCAAGGGACCCGGCCUUUCUCCACCAGCAGCAGCUGAGGAUUUGUGACUGGACCAUGAAUCAAAACGGCAGGCAUUUAUACCCCAGUGCCAGUGACGAUACUUUGGGAAUUGCUUGGCAAAGUCCUGGUACUUGGGCUAGUUUGGUCCCAUUCCAAGUGUCAAAUGGGACGACCAUCCUGCCAACGAAUGUUCAGAAUUACAGUUUAAAUUUCAUCAGUGAACCGUUCCUCCAAGCAGAAACAACAAACUGAGGACAACAAAGAUCAAAAGUCAUCUCUGGAUCAAAAAGAAAUGUUUUCAGAAACACAGACAAGUGAUUGCUGCGCUCGCAAUCACCAAAUUCUUGCAAGCUUAAAAUCUGCAUAAAUGGUAUUUCAUCAGUGAUAUUAAGAGGGUGAUUUUAGUACUUGGAUGUGAGGUAACAGACCAUGUCCAAGAAACCGGCCUUUAUUGAACAAUGGGAUCCACUAGGGGACAGUUGUUAAAUUUCCAGAUCUGACAAACGUAAUACACUUAUUAGCUUUUAGAUGUUUAAGAGUUUGCAUGUUUAGGCAAUUUGUGGGGUUCAGGUAUCUAUUUUUUUCACUCAGUCCAAGGGUAGUAAAACUACAGCCCAGUCCUCCUGAUUGAUGAGGGUUGACUUAUACGAUAAAGGCUGGGUGAGGAAUGUACACGUAAUUUUGUGUUUUCUACAAACUGUUGUCUGAGGGGACAAAAAGCCCACAAAGCACACAAUUAGUCUAUGCACACUAUGCUACUGCAGAAAACAAAACAAAAAGACUUAGAUGCAGUUUUACUGGAUUUAGGUUUGAUGAUUGGCUCACAAACUGUUUCUUGUCACUGAACCCUAUUUCCUUUCACUUAAUUAAUGCUUAGUAUGCAGAUCCAAACAGAACAAAUUUGAUAAAAGACAGCAUUUGGAAAAGCACCAUAGUGUAGUUUUAAGCAGUAAUAGUCCCUCAAAGUUUCAGAUGCUUUGCAAUUAUCUGAAUACAAGAAUGAAGCUCACUGAUAGUUUUAUGUUGCCCUUAAAAUAUCAGUAAUUCUUAAAAAAAACACUUAAGAGGCAAGUGCAAUUUAACAUAUCUGAUUGAGGGGAUUAAUGUAAGUCCUUGUGCCCUAGGACUCUAAAUUGAGGGGAUGUAAUAUAACCUUUAAAUAAUUCUGAACAGUUUUUUCGCCCCCUAAGAAUGUGUAUUAAUUAAGGGAAAAAAAAUGAAAAAUAGACACAUCCUGCUGUGACAUGCUUGCUUAGGAAGGCAAUUAAACAGAAUUGAAAAUACUGCACUUGAUUCCUUAUACUCCAUUACCUCUGUGGAGUUUAAAAAUAUAUAAUAUAUAUGUAUCAGGUGUGUCAGGAAAAAAAGCAUGGCAUAAACAGUUUCCAAGAACAGAAGGCACUGAUGCGAAACAGUGUCUCAUGGAGGGUGUUGGUGAACAGCACCACAGUUUACAAAUCAAUGGCGACAGGGAUGCAGCCGCUAAGUUUUUCGCACUCUACCGAGUAAACACUAUUUUUAACCACAGGGUGCCGAGUAAUGCAUGGUGCUUUUCUUGCACAGUUAGCCUUGCUAUCCGCCUGAAAGUGCUAGUGGCAGGACUCCAGUGUGCAUGGCAAGUCAAUUUUGCCUCUUCUGUUUCUCUGUAACUCUAAUAGAUCUAUCCUUGAUUUGCACGAAGUUAUAUAGUCCACAUUACGUGCCUUGCCUUUGAAAUAAAACAGUGACAUCACUGCACACGUUUGCUGCAUAUAUUAUAGCUCAUCCUAUGAAAUCUACCAUUUGUAUGAAAAAAAUUAUUUUGUACUCCAGAGGACAGUGUGACAUCACUAAUUGUCAAUAUUCAAAUACUUUGACUUUGUUAUCUCAUUUAUAAAGCAUAUCAUGGCUGUGUAUAGUUGGUGCUUAAAAUUUUUAAUCAGCCAGUAAUAUUUUUCAGUAUUUUUGGCAAGUUUUUUCUAUUAACCUUUCAUGUUUUCAUCUUUCAAUUACUUGUUUGGGGGUUUUUGAACUUGUAAGAAUUAUGCAAUACCAAGUUUUGUCUAAAUAGGAAAGCUUUUAGCUAUAUUGAUUAUCACAAGUUAGUAUGCAGAUUAGCUGAUGUAAGCUUUUUUUUCCAUUUUAAUUGACCAAAGUUGGCACUGCUUUCUAUGCAGUAUGAUAGGUCCUUACAAGAUGGUUAGGGGAGGAUGUUUUGGGGAGGGGGGACUUUUCUUUGAGAAGAACUCUACAGCACAGCUGUGAAGCAUAAUGCCACUCGCCAAACAUAGGCUGCAAAGUAACUGUUCUGCCUAUUGUGACAAGCUUUCAACUUGGUCCUUCUAUUGACUUUCCACCUGGGGUGCAAAAUGAACUAAUUGAAUUAAAAACAAAUUAAAAUGUUGCCAUUUUCACUGGAGAUGGGUUUGACUUGAGCUUCAAUCUUUAUUGAGGAGCUAGGAUUUUCUCUUGUGGAAAUUUACUUUGUUAGAGCUCUAUCUCUCUGCUGAUCCCAAAACCAGAAGCAGAACUAUGAGUUUUAAAUUUUCCUUUCACGGUCCACCACUCAAUAAGGCUGUUUCUCCUCUUUACCCCCCAGAGGUAAAUCAUGGUAUCCACACACGCACUAAUCAGUGGUGCUUCACAGAUGAAAUUAUCUUACUUUUGCUUUCCUGGUGUUCUGCUCAGUUAAGAAAAAGGCAAAUUUCUUCCACUUCCCAUGGGACAUAGUAAUUUGGAUUCUUAAGGAGAUUGGCUUUUAUUUUAUCAGCAUCAUCAGUUGCCGAUUGUUGAGUAUUUACCAAUUCAACCAUAGGCCUAAUAAUCAACAAGUCCUGCUCAACUUGUAAACUCAAUGUGAUAUUAGAAUAUAAUUUUACAUAAUUUAAACAAAGGCACUGCUAAUUAACUCUAAAUUGAAAAGGAUUGAAUGCAAGUAUACAGUAUGUUGUUUAAUUGAAAUUACAAUUCUAAGUACUACCAGAAAACAUAACAAUACAAAUCUCAAGGUAAAAGUUUUUUAAUUACUCUGAAUGUAAUUCUUUCUUAAAAAAAACUGCUUAAAUGGUAUGCUGAAUAACUUGUUUCAACCUGUUUCAUCCCAUUUCAAAGUCUUUUUGUGAGGAAAGGAAGUUGUUGCCCCCUAGCAUAAUGAGAAGGAGGUUUUUUGAGAACUAACUAAAAGAGAUGGGAGGGGUUUGCAACUCAAGUCAUCUCUGCCCUCCUCCUUCACCGGAAUGCCAAAUCUGAUAAAUUGAAGCCAUCCCGUUCUAUACGCACUGUUUCUGCCUUUUCCUGAAGUGCUUUGCAGUCUUGGCCAUUGGUGUUGCCACUGAAGUGCAUAUCCCCAGCAUGAUGUAAAAGUUAAGGCGCAAUAGUUUGGGAAAAUAAAAGCAGUGUAGGAGACUUGUACUGAAAAAAAAAUCUGGCAAAAACAAAUAACUAUAGCAAUAGCUGUGGGAGUAUGAUUCGGGCAUGGCAGCUCAGUGAAUAAGUGUUAGUAGAUUUGUUAUGGUUGUGUAAUGUGAGGGGAAACAAAGAGGGGUCUUGAAAAUGAGCCACCUGCCUUGCAGACUAAUUUGUACACUGUAUAGUUUUGUUAAGAACAUUUUAAAGUAAUUACCCUUUUUUGUAAUGCAAAAAUUUUUUAAAUUAGUUAAUUGGGGGAAGAAAUGAUUAUACUGGCUUUUGAAAGACCAGUUUAUUAUGCCAUUUUUAAGAGAAAGAAAAUCCUGUCUGGAAGCUGGACUUGAGUUAAAACUCUCCAGUUACCUAAUUUAUAUAUUAAAAAAAGACUGUCCAUAUGGUGAGCUUGUGUAUUCCUAUGCUUAAAAAGUGUAGGUUCCUAAUUUUUAAUCCAGUUUUAAAUGGAGAAAAGUUAUAUUUUAUGAAGGUUAUUUUGUUGUAUUUAGUGUUGAAAAGGUUGGUUUUCAGAAACAUUUCAUAAUGUCAGAAGGAAUACUGUCUUUUUUUAAGUGUGUAUGGCCUCCAGUAAAAGUUUGUGUGAGUUUAAGUGUUGGUAUUUAUGAUUAGAGUGAAAGUGCACAAGGGGUUUGGCAACAAAUCCGGUACAGACAUCCCACCCAAUGAAUGCACCCAGAUAGGAUUCCUGGUUGAUCACAGUUGAAACACACUGCAAUAUGCAGGGAACCUAUCUGGGGACUCUUGGCUGUGACACUGAUAAGGAUUUUGUUUUUGUUGCACACCACUGUGUUGCACUUGCAUCAUACAAAGAUUACGGAAAGAUAUCCCAUAUACAGUGUACAGUAUUCUGUUUUUGAAAGGACAAUGCAAUGUUGCUGGCAGUUAGGUCCCAAGACGGAUACCAGACAUGGUUUACAUAUUCCUGUUAAAGUCUGCUGCUGAUCGUAACCAGCUGUGUGCUUAGUGGAUCUUCUUCCAUUUUGAUAGCAAAAUUUGGACCUGCUUUUCUUAAUGUGUAGCACGUGCAAAUUCAGUAGAAAUAAACUAAGAAAACUGAGGAAGAAAAGUGCUAUUUAAUUCUUUCAUAUUUGCACUUUUUAACUAAUUUCACACAUACCUCCCAAGCAAAUUAGUUCUUGAACUUCUUUUUAUUUUAUUAUUUCCGAGCAUGCAGUUGGCAACUAGACAGGCUUCACUGGAAUAUGCAGCAGGACAGGCUACAUCAUUGGUUUAAUAAAAUAAAAGGAAGCCCAGACCACAGAUGUUGCUUUCUUUUGACCUGUAUAAUGGCAUUUGUAUUAGUGUUCUCUCAGCGGCGGGAGGGUCUAAUCAGAUGCCAUGGCAGCAACUUCUUAUACUGUUUCCAUCCCACAGCACUUUUGCCACAUUGUUAAUAGUUAAAGGGGACAUGUUGGAAAUGGUCAAUUUUCACCUUUUUGUUGCAGUUUUUUUCCUUACAGGAUGUAUUUAAUGCAAAAAAAAAGAAAAAAAAGUUUCUCUAGGUAUGAGUCUCUGGAAAUAUGUGUUUUAAGAGUUUACUGUAUGUUUAAAUUUGUAAAAAUGGUCUCAGUGUCAGUGGUGACACUCACCUCCCCAAAAGAUGCCUAACCACUCUGAUAAAAGCAGCAUUUUCCAAUCAAACAACAUUGAGUUAGGGUCAGUUGAAUUUGUAUGAGUUUUUUGGUAACUACAAACAAUUGUUAAGGUCCUUCUGACCACUUAUCUGAAAGGAUUGGCUUAUGAUGCAAGAUACAUUAGUAUAAUAGCAAUAAUGGACUCCUCUAUAAAUAUUGGCCACUAAUAUGUUGCAGAGUGUAGGUUAGUCUGAGCACUUGCUUUCGUUCCAUGGUAUUAUCCACAUUUAAUAAAAGCAAAAACUGCUAGAAACACUUAACAUCAGUGGAGAAAAGAAAAAUGUUCAUGUUAAGGUAUAACUCUUUGUCAGAAGCCUGGGGAAAGGUUAUACCUGAAACAGUCCUUUGUUAAUGUUCUGAGAAAGGAGUAAACCUGAAAUAAUCCAUUGUCUGAGUUCUGAUGGUCUCCUAAAUGUUUCAGCGUUUUUUAUUUUUGUUUCAGAUUUCCAGCAUCUGCAGUAUUUUGAUUUUCCUUUUAUUACCUGCUUGUAAUAUACACAUCAGUAGGUUCUAAAUUAAAUUUGCAAAGUGGCGAUCCACGGUUAAUGCCCAGGAAUUCUAUUAAACUCAAAAAGGCAUUGUUUUUGUUUUAAGGACCCCUUUCUUGGAACAACAAGAAUAAAACUUUAGUUGCUAAAGAAAACAAAGUGUAAUAAAAAGUUUUGAGAAUUUUCAAAUACUUGUGUAGAUGUGACAUGCAAAUAUAUCUUAUUAGAUACAGCACCGUUGGUUGGGAUCUUACAAGGGUGAGUAGUUUCAUUCAGUAGACUAUAUAAGUAAUUAUAAUGCACAUGCUAGAUAGACCACACCCUGACAAAAAGUAAUCUUUUCUCCUCCAGAAUACUCCACCAUACUGCAAAUCGCAGCAUCCCUUUUACCUCCUAAAGUCAAGAAUAACUAGUGUGAAUUAAAGCAAAGAGUAAGAAAAUAUUUAUCUCGUGCAGCCUGACUGGACUAAAAAUUCCAAUCUUACUAUAGAGUAGGUGCCAUCCAGUGCAGUGAAACUAGAUGUUUCCAACAAAUUAAAAGCUGUUGCAGGGUUUUUGUGUUUAAGAGGCAGCAGAAAGGUCCACUGACACUGAAACCACUUUCAUCACGAAACUGUUGUGUUUCUAAAGAAAUAGCAUGAUGCAUUUUUAUUAUCAAAACUGUGCUACAGGGACAGAUGUGUAUUAUCAACUGAAGGAAUCUUGUUACAGCCCUGGUCACUACAGUAAUGUAUGUUCCAUAAAUGGAGACCAUGGAAUGUUACAUUGACUUAUGUUAAUGCAAAAUAAGGAUUCGAAACAAAAAAAACCAGCAUACGUUUACCAAAAAUGUCAAACAAGCAGUGCCUGUUUAAUCUUGCAGUCUCUGUUGAGUUCAGUUGUAAAUCUAUUCAUUCAGACAACUUGUUCUGCAAAAGUGAUCCAACUUGCAGAAUAUAAGGGUAAUUCCUGCCUAGCUGUCAGCUUCCAAGAGCUUGUUUACCUGCUCCAUGUUCAGAGAGGCAGUUACACAUAUAUAUAUUGCAUUGAUGUGUGUAAUAGCCUGAAUUUCCAUUUAAGUCUUGACACUGCGCAUUGUACAGAUAUUCUUUUCAUUGUGAGUGUGGCUCCCAGUCAACCUGCAAAGAGCUCUUUCCAGAUGGGAAUUCUGAGAGGAUUCUUACAAUGUAUUGUAAGAACUUUUUGAGAUAUUUCUCUUGAGAUCAACUUUUGUAGGACUGUGUGUUUCCAUAGAUACAUGAUGCUACAUUUAGUACAGUUGUAGGUAACAAGUAGUCAGUAAGUGCUUGCUAGCCACACACCAGAGUUGUUCCAUUUUGAAACUUCUGAGUUUUUAGUCCCAUACAUGCAACCAUAGUUGCCAAAAGGAACAACACAAAAACACUACAGACAUUGUUCUCGUUUGUGCUCCCUGUUUGAGUGCAGGUGCUGGAAUGGUUCAAAGCUGCUGAGAUCCAUGCAAACGAUCAACUCAUUACACGGCCUAAGUCUUCACAAGUUUCAAACUGGUGUAAAUUCAGCUUGACUUAUGUGAUUGUAACUGUUAUAUCCAGCCUUUACUGCUAGCAGCUGCUCAUACUGCAGUCAAUUACUGGAAGUGGAUAUGUUUCCUAUGCAAAUAAAAAAAAACAGUUUAAAAAUAAAAAUGAGCUAUGCUACAA